AUGGACGCUACUGGUGAGACAAAAUUAUUGUUGUUUGAUUCUAUUUGCUCUGAGAUUAUUGGGCAGUCUGCCCCAUCAGUUCUUGGUGGCUCAGUUGAUGAGGUUAGAGAUCCAGAAAAUUUGCCUGAUCCAGUGAAAAGUCUUAUUGGAAAGACUUAUCUCUUUCUGGUAAAUAUUAAGAAAGCAAACAUAUUUGAUGGUAAAGACAACUAUAAGGUCUCCAAAGUCCUCUUGAAAGAUGGCCUACUCGACAAACAACUGUUGGAAAAUUCAUCUGAGACACUAAACGCAACAUCUACAGUAUCUGGUGACCAGGGACCUCUCAUGUUAGAAUGUAGCCCGCAUACUACCGACUCUACUACUCCAUCCUCCAAGCGUAUUUACCCUGCUCAAGGAUCAAACGACAACGAUGGGGUUGGAAAACAGAAGGGUGUCUACCAUGGAAGUGUUGUGGCCAACACAGUCAUUGAGGGAAAAGAAAAGACGGUCAGAGUUAAGAUCAAGGUUGAAAAGAAGGAAUGA